AUGAUAAGCACCAUGUUCGGCCCGCACCUGCGCGAGCUAGAGUUUCAUCCGUCCAGCUUUUGUAAAGAGAAGACGCCUGUUGCCGCGGAGAACAUGAAGCAGUGCGCAGAGCUGUGCCAGGCAGCAGGCACGGAAUGUGGCGCCUUCACCUAUGUUCCAGGCGAGGCCAGUGGUAGUUCCUGCUUCCACAGCAAAAGAUGCGAAAGCAUGGGAGAGUCCGAUGAGGGUGCCAUGGUCUUCGUGAAGACGGCUUCUGGGCAGGAGGAAGAUCCCGCAAUUAUGGAGGACCACACUGCGGAAGAGAGAUAA